AUGGGUAUACAAAUAGUGCAGCAGUUGCAGGGUAUUCUGAAGCGAGCCUCAUCGCAUGGUAAUUUUCCUCGUGAGGGUGUUGUAGAGCGACAUAUUUCGCAGAAAACUUUUGAGAUGAGACCGUCACCCGAACGACAUUCUGACCGACCAACUUCGAAAAUACCAAAACUAACUCUUACUUGGUCCGAGAAGAAUGCAGUGGCAAUAUAUGGUGAUACAACAUCGGACGAGACAACCACUGAAACGGACGAUGCGCAAGUGCCUGAAAUUACGCCAUUCUCAGCAACUUCUGAAUCACGCAUACUGCCGCCAUCAACUGAGAGCCUGAAUGUGACUGCGCGUCGAGGACCGGACUUGGACCGACAAACUGCAAUUCUGCAAGAUUAUGAUGACGAUGAGGAUACAGAGAUGAGGAAACAGGAAGCGCUCGACAAUACUGAGGAGGCGCUUCUCCAACAGAGCGAAGUGGAGACCGCUAAUGGACAACAACAAACUAGUGCCGUGGGUACUUCACAUAUCGCUGGCAAAUGGUGGUUCGGAAAAAGCACAAAGUUACUUUUAAUUACUUUUUGA